AUGCAAGUAUUCUUCAACAACGACAGGUGCUUGCCUUGCGUCAACGACCGGAUUGAAGAUUGCGUCAGGGAGCCGAACAUCCCCAGCCCAAACAAUGCGUGUACGCAUUGCAGGCGGAAGAACGCGAACUGCGUCCGGCGGGACUCCAGGCCGGCGGUAGUCUUGCCCACCCGCGGCAAGGCUCCGGCGACGCAUUCCGGCGCGCCGUACCCCACGACCGCCGAGGAGUGGGCCGCGUUCAUGGCGGAUACGCUCGGGCGGUGGGAGCAAAAGUUCGAGGCGCUCGGAGAGACAAUCCGGAACGCUACGUUCGCCAGCGCCGACGCCACCUCCACCGUCAUCGCGGAUGCCGUCGCCGGAAUCGUGCGGGAAACGGCGACGGCUCGAGAGCAGGUGGAGCAGUACGCCGCCGAGAACACCGCCGCGGUCGCUCGCAUGAGCGAGAAGUACGAGACCGUCAACGAAUUGAUGGAUAGGAUUUCCCAAGAGAUGAAGGACGCGCAAGACGACCUCCUGGAUCUCGCCGAGUCGUCCAGCACGCACCAAGGGCUGCUCCACUCCCAGAGCGUGGCGCUCACCGCCAUGGCCCGCGACAUCCACAUCUUGAAGAACAACGCGAUCCUGGCCGAUGCGCGAUACGAUUUCCUCUUCAACGCCGUGAAUCGCUUCGGCCAGAGGCUCCACAUCGACGUGGGGCAGCCGAGGGAGCCGCUUUUCCUCCCCUCGCCUGAGCCAUCCUCACCGCCGUCCGGCUCACAAGGCCAGAUCGAGAAGCUCAUCGGCCGCGGCGAGGACGAUGAGAUGGGGAGUAGCGAUCGCGGGGAGUGA